AUGUCAGAACCAGCUUCUACAGCCGCCUCCAUUCUCCCCAUCCUGUUACCUCCGCCCACGUUACGUCCUCUUGCGUUCAGAGUAUUUACUAAAAAACAUAGCUUGACUAUUACAGCAUCUAGUUUACAGUCGCUCGCUACGUUUGUGGGGAAGAACUGCGGCUCAGGAUGGCGGGAAGAAGGCCUUGCAGAGCUCGUCCUAGACGAAAUCGCGAAAGCAUGGAAAAAGCGUGGAGGCGGAGUGAUCCUUGAGGAUAGCGAAAGUGGCAAUGCUUUGCUGAAGUCGAUAUUACGGGCUAUGGAAGCCAAUAUGAGUGGUGGGAGGGUUAUUAUUCGCGACCCCGCGAAGGGCGCAAGCGGUUCGACAUUGACAUUAGGCCACGAAGGCGCAGACAGUGAGCUGAGUCGAACUGGCAACCAAAACGAAAGUGGCCAAAAUAUUCACGAGGAAUCGUUGGAAAUAGAAGAAGAUAGCUCACUGAACGAUACAAGAAGGUGGAUUAAAAUUAUCAGCGCAUUCGAACAACAUCGCCCGGUCUAUAAUAUAAAUAAGAAGAAUUUCGACAUAAUAACUUCGCCUCCUUCCUUAUUCCCACCGCCUUAUCAGAGAGCCAAUAUUUUGAGAGAUCGAUAUAAUAUCAUUUACCAGAGGAUAUUACGCAAUGAGGCUUUUCGAAUUCCGCUCCAAGGAUCGACAUCCUCACAUUCCAGCACAACUCGUUACUAUAAACUGACAUCGAUUGCUAAUCUUCUGGGGAGGACUGGUACGUCGCAUCUGCUUCUUGGCCUUCUCUCUAUGUCCCCGGCAGGAGACCUUUCCCUAACAGACCCAACCGGAAGCAUCGCUCUUGAUAUUACACAUGCCCGCGCUAUUCCAGAAGACGGAGCAUGGUUCGCGCCGGGAAUGAUAGUCCUUGUCGACGGGAUUUACAGAGAGGAGGGAGUUGUAACCGGAUCUACAUUGAACGGAUCAGGCGGGGUUGGCGGAACAAUUGGUGGAACGUUUACUGUUGCCUCGGUUGGUGGACCUCCGUGUGAGCGGCGUGAAACUUCCACUGGUGCAGGCAAUCGGGGCGGGGAUGAUGCCAUGACCGUCGAAGGCGGAUUUGGCUGGGUUGACUUUCUAGGUGUCGGGAGUGAACGAGGCAGAGGUUAUCGGAUGCGACAAGUUGAAAAGAUAUGCCUUGACAAGGGCCCGCACUACGAGUUGCGGGAUAUAAGAAAGCGAAUAGUUGUCAUGAGUGAAGUCAAUCUAGACGUCCCAAAGACAGAAGGGGCGCUCACACAUGUCUUCGAAUGUUACGCUUCACUCCCGGAACAACAGUUACCAUUAGUCUUCAUUUUGAUUGGAAAUUUCGUCCAACAUGCUGUCAUUUCCGGCGGAGGGAGUGGGGGUAGUAUCGAGUGCAAGGAAUAUUUCGACAUUCUUGCUUCCGUCCUUUCAAACUAUCCGCGUCUCUUGCAAAACGCAACUUUUGUAUUUGUUCCGGGAGACAAUGACCCUUGGGCAUCUGCCUACUCUGCUGGCUCGUCUACGACGGUCCCACGAGAUGCAAUCCCUGAAUUAUUCACAUCCAGACUCAAACGUGCGUUUACGCAUGCUAAUAAUGAACUACCUUCUCGUACCAAACAUAUACCGGGUCAAGCCAUCUGGUCAUCCAAUCCCACACGUCUCAGCCUUUUCGGGCCCGUGCAUGAACUUGUCGUGUUCAGGGAUGACAUCUCAGAGCGCCUGAGGCGUACCUCGAUCGUUUUCAAACCACAGAACCCACAAGACACUUCACACACCUCAAACGAACCCACCGACGCGGGUAAUGAUAUGGUUGUAGAAAGGCUAGAUGAUGACGAAGCUCGCCCGGCGGAACGAGGUAAUGAGGAAGGAGAAGAACUCAAACAACAGCAGCAAAUAGAGGAUAAUCCCCACCAAAACUCAACUACAGCAUCCCAAAUAAAUCUCCAUGCAUCUCGAAAACUCGUCAAAACAAUUCUCGACCAAAGCCACCUCUCCCCCUUUCCCCAACACAUUCGGCCAGUUCUAUGGGACUAUGCGCCCGUCCUACAUCUCUACCCAUUACCAACUGCUAUGAUCCUAGCGGACUCUGGCGCAGAACCAUUUGCAGUUACGUACGAAGGAUGUCACGUUAUGAAUCCGGGCCGCCUCAUACCAGAGGGGAGUAGGAGCCUGGUGAGAUGGAUUGAAUAUGAUGUAGCGAAACGAAAGGGGAGUGUAAGAGAAGAGCUGUUUUAG